ACAAGUUAUAAUUUUUCUGAAAAAAUAUUUCAUACUGUAGAGGUCAUCUAAACAAUAUUAGGUAAGUGUUAUAGGUACAAUUGUAUUUUUCUCUGUAAAUUUAAAUGUUGUUUAGUCGAAUAUUGAUGGAUAUUACUAAUACCCUCAAAAUAAAACGAGGCACAAAUUAAGAUAUCUCAAUUUUUAAUUAUAAUAAUAUGCAUAGCAAAGUAAAUAUGUUUGGUUGAUGGUUGCCAUCUCAUUAUGAGUCAUUAAUGAACUUUAUUUUGUGGACUCAACAAAUUGCAUUAUAUAAAUAGAUACUAAUUAACCUAUAGUUAAUUAGUGAUAGGUACCUAAAGAUUUUUUUUGAUUUCAUAUUUUAAAAUCUGUUGGGUAUAAAUUUAAUAUGUAUUUAUAUCGGUAUAUCUAUAAACUUUGGUAACAGUACCCAAGUAGAUAUCUACCUAAUCGGUAGAUAAAAUAAUUUCACUUUAUUUUUACAUUUGGUAUAAAUCUACUUUAGCACCCCCUAGAAAUUAUGGAUUUUUUUUUCAGAAACUUAUGUAUUUUAAGAAUUAAAUUUUUAUUACGAUUUUAAAACGUUGAUUCGCUUUGGUUUCAAUAAAAAAAAUUGAAAACUUUUUUAUAAGCGUAGUAAACUAUGCAUUAUACACAUGCAUAAAACACCAAAAAUUGUGAAUUUCAAAAGGCAAUAAAUUCAAAAUUAAUGAUUUCAGCGAAAAACGUAAUAAAACUAAUUAUGAAAAUGUUGAAAUACUUAGGUUUCCGAAACAAAAAAAAACAAAAUUUCGUGGGGGGUGCUAAAGUAGAUUUUUUUCCAAAAUUUAAGUAGUUAAUUGUUUUUAUUAUACCUAUUUACAUUCAACAAAAAAUUUAAAAAAAUAAUAAUUGAUAAUUAAAAUAUAGGUAGGUUGAUACUUUACUUAAUUAUAUAUUUAUUUUAAAUUUUUUCUUUUAUUCUUUUAGUAUGAUCAAUUAGUAGGUACCUAUUAGUGGCACCGGACUUUAAAAAUAAUGGUCUGGCGAAUUUAAAAUUCAAUGACCACAAUCAAUAUCUCUGGCUUUUAGUAAUAAAUAAAUAUUAAAUCUAUUAUCUUAAAUCUAUUUGGAACAGUUUUAAUUUGUUAUUAUAUUAUGAUAAUAAUGAUGCCUUUAGUCUUUGGUAUUAUUCUAUUAUAAGUACCACUAUAACAUGUAUAGAUAUAAUUUAUAAUUAUAUAUGUAUUAUACACAUUUUUUUUUCUUUUUUUAAUAAUUUUUUUUUUUUUAAAUUAAUUAAUUUUUUAAGGAAGACCUGGAAACUGGUCAUUAGCCCUUAAAGUUAUAUUUUUAGUUUUACAUAUUUAAAAUGUACUAUUUUUCCAUAAAUCAUAAAUUUAUAUUUUUGAUUCAUUGAUUAUCGUUUUAAAAUGUAUUGUUGCAUUAUAAUGCUGUUGAAAAUUAUAGUAUAAUGAUAAAAAUAUAUAUAUAUUAUAAUUGGUUGCAUUUACACAUAUAUAUACUGUAUCUUUGAAAUUUGAUGCACACUUUAUAUAUUUUCAAUGCAGUUUAGGGUGCCUAAUCGUUGCACAGCAUUUUGAAAACUUCAUGCUGCACAUAUUUAGUGUGUGUUUGCGUGUGUGCUUGGCCUAAUACAACGGCCACAUAAACAUAGGGCCAUAUACAAUAAAAGUGAUCUGGUCAUGAAUCAUAGAACUUGGCGCCACUGAUACUUGUAUAAGUAUUUUGUUUACUGGGUAUUAAACAAUGUUAAAGAAUUAAAAAUUGAAGAAUAUUAUUGAUGUAUAAAUAACUUUAAAUAUUUUGUUCAAUAUUUAUAUUUAUAUUUAAUUCAGCAGGUGAAAUAAUUAAUAUUCAAAAUGGAGGAAAAUCCUGAAUCAAAGAAUCAAACUCAAAGUAAGGGAGUGAAAAGUUUGUUUGAAGAGGUUUCAGAGAGUAGGGAACCAAGAAUAUGCCAAUCAUCUCCUGAUACAAGUGGUACUGAUGUAGUCAAACCUCUAGAUCAGACAUUAAAAUCAUCUCAUUUAAAUACCAGUAAAACCCAUGUAACUAUCGAAGAAAGAGUAUUACCAUUAUCUAAUUUAGAAUUGCCUAGUAUUAAACUGGAUGAUGAUUUCUUGAAAAUAUUGAAUCGUAAAGAUUCUGAAAAUAAUCAAAUGACAUCUAAUGAAUUAGAUCAUGUCCAAUGGACUCUAGAGAAAAUGUUAACUGAUGUAAUUGUAAGUAAAAACACAAUUAGAGACACACUUAAUUCAUUAACUCUAAUGAAGUCACCUUUAUCACCAAGUGAAAAUUUGGAAGUUAUCAAACGUCCAAUUAAAAAAAAAGAUUCUGCCAAAACUCCACUGAUAAAUAAAUGUUAUAAACCAUUGAACGUGUCAGAUUAUUCAGAUAAUGAAAAACAAUCUGCAAUGGAAGAAGAAUCAGAAAAUAAAUUCUGGUCCUCAGUAGACAUGUAUAUUAGUCCUAUUACUAAAAGUGAUAUUGAUUGGUUAGAGAACAGUAUAAAGUCCUAUGAUCAACAUGACUAUUUAAGUGAAAUACCACCUUUGGGUGAACAUUACUCAAAUAUUUGGGCUGAAAAAGAAUUAAAACCGGAACAUGACCAAGUGGCUUGUUCAAAUGCACAGUUAGUCGAUCAACCAUCUUGUUCAACUAUGCAGACAGCUGACCAACCAUCUUGUUCAACUACACAGACAGCUGAUCAACCAUCUUGUUCAACUACACAGACAGCUGAUCAACCAUCCUGUUCAUUUACACAGACAGCUGAUCAACCAUCUUGUUCAUUUACACAGACAGCUGAUCAACCAUCUUGUUCAUUUACACAGACAACUGAGAAAUAUCCAUUAUCUCAGCGAGUCAUGCCUGAUGUAGUAGAUCUAUUACAAAAAAUUAAUCGCUCUGUACAAAAAGGUAGUGCAUUUACACCAGUUUAUCAAAGGGUUACUGGUGCCCUUUUAGAACAUUUAAACAUUUCUACUGAUGAUUCUGAAAACAAUUGUUCAGAUGAUAAUGGAAGCCUAUCGCAAGAAAUAAAUGAUGAUGCUAGAACAUUUUAUUCAGAACAGAAUAUUGAAAAACAAUUAUAUAAUUUGGGUCUGUUGAAUGUCAAUAUUGAAAAUUUACCUACCUCACAUACUGAAUCUGAUGAAAUUUUAAAAGAAAUAGAAAAUUGUGAUCUUGUAUUGGCUAAAUUAAGAAAACAAAACAAAAAAGACUUGACGACUAUAUUAAAAAAAUGUCGUAUUGAUUACAAUCAACAAAACAUAAGAACCCAACUCAAAGAAGUGGAGAAUAAUAUUUUAAAUUACAGAAGACGUCCAAAUGGUCAUUUAACUAUUGAAGAGAGAAAUGCUCAAAUUUAUGAAGAAAAUAGUAACAUGCAUUCAUUAUUAAAUCAGCGUAGCAAUUACCUUAUGGAAUUGAAAUCAAGCAAGUCUAUUUUAAGUGAUUCAGAACCUGAAGAAAUAAAUAUCUAAUCUAUUUAUAUAAUAUAUAUUGUGAUUAUCAGGUCAAAUAAAG